CAUUGUUUUCACUUCACUUCAGAAGACGCUAAUAAAAGCCUCCCAUUCUUGAACUCUUCAUUUCACCGAUCUCUCUCUCCCUCUCUCUCUCUCACGCCCACCCCACUCGUAGUUUCUUUCUCAGCUUCUUAUGGAGAGUCCAACAACACCUUUACAGCCACCCACUUACGGAAACCUAAUCACCGUCCUGAGCAUCGACGGAGGAGGAAUCAGAGGGAUAAUCCCGGCAACUAUCCUUGCCUUCUUAGAGUCUGAGAUUCAGAAACACGAUGGAACGGAAGCAAGACUUGCAGACUAUUUCGAUGUGAUUGCGGGAACUAGCACUGGUGGCUUAGUGACUGCCAUGCUAACAGCCCCUAAUGAACAGAACCGCCCUUUGUUUGCUGCCAAAGAUAUUAAAGACUUCUACCUAACUCACUGCCCCAAAAUUUUCCCCCAAGACCAUAGUUGUCCUAUUGUUGCUCCUGUUACCAAGAUGAUCAAAUCUUUCACUGGGCCAAAAUAUGAUGGCAAAUAUCUGCACUCUAUCGUGAGGGAAAAGUUAGGAGACAUUCGGUUGCACCAGACUUUGACAAACGUGGUGAUUCCAACCUUUGACAUCAGGAAGCUCCAACCAACCAUCUUCUCUAGCUAUGAGGUGAAGAAACAUCCAAGCAUAAAUGCCUUACUUUCUGAUAUUUGCAUUGCAACUUCAGCUGCUCCUACUUAUCUUCCUGCACAUUGUUUUGAAACCCAUGGCUCCGAAAGAAAAGUGAGAAAAUUCGAUCUCAUCGACGGUGGUGUGGCAGCUAAUAAUCCGACUUUAGUUGCUAUCAGUGAAGUGACCAAAGAAAUCACCAGUGGGAGUCCCGACUUUUUUCCCAUAAAGCCAACCGACUAUAGUCGGUUUCUCGUGAUAUCAUUAGGCACUGGUUCAGCAAAGGCUGAAGAGAAGUAUGAUGCUUAUAAAGCGGCUAAAUGGGGUAUGUUGGGAUGGUUGACCUGUGAAAAUUCGAGUCCAUUGACUGAUGUGUUUAUGCAAUCUAGCAGCGACAUGGUUGAUUUUCACAUUGCUACUGUUUUUCAAGCCCUUCAUUCUGAAGCAAAUUAUCUAAGAAUUCAGGAGGAUAAUUUGAAUGGAGAUGAGUCUUCUGUGGACAUUGCCACUCCAACGAACUUGGAGAGACUUGUGACAAUUGGAGAGAGGCUCCUCAAGAAACCAAUUGCAAAGGUGAAUUUUGAAACUGGAGCCUUUGAUCCUUCUACUUGGGGCACAAAUGAAAGGGCUCUCAUAAGAUUAGCAGAAGUACUUUCCAAGGAGAAGCGGGUUCGUGAUAUGAGGUCACCUCAUGGAAGACUGGAAGAUGCAAACCUGAAGAAAUGAAUAACAGCAUCAUUAAUUAUUCAAUCAAUGUCAAACAAUUUAGGCGCAUCUCGGAUUUUUCUUUCGUCAUUCAAAGUACUUACAAACUUGAUUAAUCUUCAAGCAUUUAUGAUUUUCUAAUGUGAACGGCAAGCCAUCUACAGCACAUUUAUGAUGCAAAACAACCUUCUUGUUAUCUGCAAAUAUGAAUAUGGCAUUCUUCAA